AGCUGGACAAGCUGCUCAACACCUACAUCCUGGAAGACUUUACACAUUCAUGAAGUUGUGAAUUAAAACUGCUGGAGCUCUAAAAUAAAACGACACAAGAAGGAAGCAACCUCCAACUCAAGCUUUUAAAGAAAGAGAGAAAAAGUGAGAGAGAGGGAGAGAAAAAUCCCAACAACUUCUGAGGCUUCUAUCAUUAAUAAACACUCGACUGAGGUUUGAGGUCAUUUCAACGGAGCAGAAACCUAUAAGAUGACUGCCUUCUGAGCGAAACCACCGGGAUAGCCUGAGCAAGUUCUUCCAUCGUCGCCAACUUUGACAGAAGACGCAGACAAAGAAGAAUCUAAGAAGUCCGACUAUUUCCCUUACAGCAGCCAUGGACUCAGAAAAGAAAAUUACCCUUCCGUUGUUGAUGACUGUAGGAGCAGCUGUCAUCGGCUCCCUGCAGUUCGGCUACAACACCGGUGUCAUCAAUGCCCCUCAAAAGAUAAUUGAGAACUUCAUCAAUGAGACGUGGGUUGAGCGCUACAAUGAGCCCAUCACCAAGAUCUCCCUCACGGCCAUCUGGUCCAUUGCUGUCUCUAUCUUCUCUGUUGGUGGCAUCUUUGGCUCCUUUUCUGUCGGACUCUUUGUCAAUCGCUUUGGAAGGAGGAACUCUAUGCUCAUGGCCAACAUCCUGGCCUUCAUCUCAGCCAUUCUGAUGGGCUUUUCAAAAAUGGCGAGCUCCUGGGAAAUGCUGAUCAUCGGGCGUUUCGUGGUGGGCCUCUACUCUGGUCUCACCACAGGCUUUGUGCCAAUGUAUGUGGGUGAGGUUUCCCCAACAUCCCUAAGAGGAGCCCUGGGCACCCUCCACCAGCUCGGCAUUGUCAUCGGCAUCCUCGUUGCACAGGUGUUUGGAAUGGAGCUGAUCAUGGGCAACGAUAACUUGUGGCCUCUCCUCUUGGGCUUCACCUUCGUCCCUGCAGUGGUUCAGUGCAUCCUACUGCCUCUCUGCCCCGAGAGCCCCCGUUUCCUGCUCAUCAAUAAGAACGAAGAGAACAAGGCUAAGGCUGUGCUGAAGAAGCUCAGAGGCACCACAGACGUGAGCGCUGACAUGCAGGAAAUGAAGGAAGAGAGUCGGCAGAUGAUGAGGGAGAAGAAGGUGAACAUUGCAGAGCUGUUACGCUCGCCCCUCUACCGCCAGCCCCUCAUUGUUGCUGUGGUCCUGCAGCUCUCCCAGCAGCUGUCUGGCAUCAACGCUGUAUUUUACUACUCUACUCGUAUCUUCGAGAAAGCCGGGGUCGAGCAGCCCGUCUACGCCACCAUUGGAGCCGGUGUUGUCAACACAGCUUUCACUGUGGUGUCGCUGUUUGUCGUAGAACGUGCAGGACGUAGGUCUCUGCACAUGCUGGGGCUGCUGGGAAUGGCCGGAUCUGCCAUCUUAAUGACUAUUGCCUUGGCUCUGCUGGACCAGCUCAAAUGGAUGUCAUAUUUGAGCAUUGUGGCCAUUUUUGCAUUCGUUGCAUUCUUUGAGAUGGGACCGGGUCCCAUCCCCUGGUUCAUUGUGGCAGAGUUGUUCUCGCAGGGACCCAGGCCUUCAGCCAUUGCUGUAGCUGGUUUCACCAACUGGACUGCCAACUUCAUAGUGGGAAUGGGAUUCCAGUAUGUAGAGGAGUUGUGUGGCCCCUACGUGUUUGUCAUCUUCACUGUGCUGCUGCUCUUGUUCUUCAUCUUCACCUACUUCAAAGUGCCGGAGACCAAGGGCCGGACGUUUGACGAGAUCUCGGCUGGCUUCCGACAGACUCCUGUUGAAAAGCAUUCGCCGGAGGAGCUCAACAGCCUGGGAGCUGAUUCUCAGCUCUGAGUGACUGUUUUUAACUUCCAACAAACUCUUUCUCAGACCUAGAAGGAAUGAGAAGGGUCUACUAACUAAAAGUAGACCGAUCCAUCGGUAGAAUAAUUUUCACACUGUCACCACAUUUCGGGUGCCAUUACCAGACACAGAGCAGCUCCUUGUGAUUCUCCAGCAUGAUGUCUUCCGCUGCCCCUCUCAGGUCAAAUGUGGCAACAAAAACUUGAUGGGCACUAUGUCGCCUGGCAGAUGUGCAGAGAGGAGUUGAGGGUAGAUGGGGAAGGUUUUUAAUAUUUUAAAGAUAUUUUAAAGAAGGAAAAGGAGUGCCUGCAUCAAUCAACCAAGUUUUUUAAAACUUUUUUCCUCUCAGUAUGUUAUACUAUGUGCUUAUGCUCUGUUCUCUAUAGCCUGUUACAAUACAGUCAGUUAGUUAUUCGGUUAAAGAAUGCUGUAGCUGUAGAGAUCAGUUCAAUGUGCAAAAUAUGUUUUUAUCAAUCAUACUGUAAAGCUGUAUCACUGUAGACUCUAGCACUGUAGAUGCUGUGCAGCUCGACUUUAUCUCUCCCCACCAGAUGGUGCAAUGUCCUUUUAAAAAAGAGUCCCAACUCUCUACUGACAAUAAAUAAGUUAUUUUUACUUUUUAAUGAAAUAUAUUAGACGAUAUUGUUGUUACUUAUUUACUCCUGCCAGACAAUAUUUUACUCUUUUUAUUGUAGGACAAAAACUUUUCUUACUGAAAAUGUCAUGUUUUAGAGAUUGAUGGUCAUGAAGACAAAACAGAUUAAUUCACCGUUUAUGUAUUUUUUAUAUCAUUCCUUCUUACCAGUACAUUUGAUUAAAUUGACAUUGACUGUGCACAUGGAACAGUACCUGCACAGAAACCAGAGUACUUAACUUGGCAGUGAAGUUGAAUAAAUAAAUCAUCCAUCCAUUUUCCAUGACAUGAGAUAAGUACGCACUCAAAAUCAACAGCCCCAAAACCAAAAAUCUGUCUCAGAACAUUUGUGAGUUUUAAGUGCCUGUCUAAAGAAAUCAAGCCUCCUCUGCCUCCAGCCAUCCAGCCUUAUCACUUUAUAGCAGUUUCAGGUCAGAUUGGCCUGAUCCAGACUGAAAGCUUCUGUCAAUGGAUGAUUUCCACUUUAGGUAUUUUUGAUUACACAUGAAGUUUCCACAGUCUGGUGAAUUGGCUUGAGCGCUGUGACGAUCACACAAACAGGAACUGAAAUGCUGCAUGCUGUUCCUCUGUGACAGCUACAAAGCAACUUAAAAAAAAAUAAAGAGAGAACGGGGACCAAAAUGAAUUUCUGCCUUUUGGAAGGUUUUGAUUAUCCUGAAAGUGCUUGUCACCUGUGUCCCAGUGUUCCUUCCACUCCAUAAUGUUCAUUAUGUGUCCUAGGAGGCGGACACAUGUUGCAAGGCUUGUUUCAUGCCUUGUGCACUAAAUUCUGCAGUAUUUUAGGCUCUCUCUCUCUUUUGGUUGUGUACUGUACUGUAUACUGUAGCUGGUGGGGAUAACCCCCCCCCCCCCCCCCCCCCCAGUGUUAUCUGGCUCACUUUGCCUAGCUGUACAAGUCACUGUCUACGACUGCUGUAUCAUUUGUCGAACUUCUCUUCUCUUUAAAUGCGUUGUUUAAGGAAAGUUAUCUUUUUUGCAGCACUUUAUUAUUCACAGUAAUAUUUCUUUGUUACUGAAACAAACACUGAGGUUGUUUCAGUUGUUUUUGACUCACAGUGUGGAAUCUUUGUUACUGAAGAAAGACUGAAGUACUGCUGAUGGAUUACUUGAUGUUUUUGAAAUGGAAAUGUGUGGAAUAUGAUACAAUUGUGUACACACAUACACACACACAAGCCAGUUGUGAGUAAAUAUGGUAAUAUUCAUACGCAAAUGAGGGCUUUGAUCCAAAUCCAACUCUGUUGUCAAAAUCCGGUUUAAUCAUUCCAUAAUUAGUUGUUAAUUAUUGUGUAAAUAGUAGAUCUUUAAAGUGUAUCUUUUGUCAUUGGAUGGUUUACCUCUCUCAUCCUGGAAAGCAGUGUAACAUCCAGUCUCUGUCUUGUGUGCCUUUCACUUAUCCUCACCAGCAAAAUCAUGUCAUGAUUGUAAUGAAACUUCCCCACUCUGACUGAUUGUCUAUGGCGAAUAUCAAAACUGUAUUUUAUGUACAUACAUUCACAGUUCUGCUUGGGCAUUUAAUUUUUAAUGUUGUCUUUAGCCUUCGAAAUCUUCUUAUGGCACAGGUUGGUGGUCUAACCAGACAACAUGAUGUAAAUAUGAAACGCACUACAGUCUCACCCACUCCAAAUUUGUAAAAUAUUUAACUUCAAGAAAUUUUUAUAGAUAAAUUAAAGCUGGGGUAGGCAAUGUAUUUAAAAAAUAAUUUUUUUAUAUUUGUUGAAAUUCUCUUAACAUUUAAACUACAAUCAAUAAAUAAAAUGCUCUGACACAAAAAUGAAAGAAAAACAAAUC